CCAUGAAGUCGAGCAGCCUCUUGCCACUCGUGGUACUUCUUGCCCUGGGAACUCUGGCUCCUUUGGCUGUGGAAGGUUCUGGAAAUGAAUCUCUGAAAGCCGGAGCCUGCCCUGCUAGACCACAAGUCCGGUGCAUCCGAUAUGAGGAGCCCCAGUGCCGGAGUGACUGGCAGUGUCCGGGGAAGCAGAGAUGUUGCCCUGAUUAUUGUGGCAUCAAAUGCUUAGAUCCUGUUGCCGUCCCCAGAUCAGUGGAGAGUAAGCCUGGGAAGUGCCCAGUGGUCAAGGGUCAGUGUAUGAUGCUUAACCCCCCCAACCACUGUGAGACGGACAGCCAGUGUGACGGGGACUUCAAGUGCUGCCUCGGCAUGUGCGGGAAGCUCUGCGUUUCCCCCGUGAGAGCUUGAUUCCUGCCGUUGGAGGUGCCUCUGGGUUCCUAGUCUGUGUGGUGUGGGAACUCCCGUUCUGCUGCCAGGUGGGAUUCUGUGGUGAGGACUUGGCUCCUCCACCCGUAGGAAGACCUUUUGGCAAGCACUUGGUACCCAGGAGGC